AUGGCCAAUGUCACCCUGGUGACAGGAUUCCUUCUUCUGGGACUCUCAAGCGCCCAGGAGCUGUUAUAUGGAGGUCUCUCCCUGCUGAUUUACGGGGCAGCCCUAGCAAGUAACCUUCUCAUCCUCACUCUCACUACCAUGGAGCCACAGUUGCAAACACCCAUGUACUUCUUCCUGAAGAACUUGUCGGUGCUGGAUGUCUUCUUAGUGUCUGUCACAAUCCCAAAGUUCGCAGUCAACAGUUUAACUCACACCAACUCCAUUUCCGUUCUGGGAUGUGCCUUCCAGCUACUCUUAAUGACGUCCUUCUCAGCAGGGGAGAUAUUUGUCCUCACCGCCAUGUCUUAUGACCGCUAUGUGGCCAUCUGCCGUCCCCUGCACUAUGAGGCCAUCAUGAACGAUGGUGCCUGUGUGUGGGGAGCAGGUAUUUCCUGGGCCAUGGGAGGACUCUUCGGAGCUGUGUAUGCAGCCGGCACAUUUUCCAUGCCUUUCUGUGGUUCCAAGGUGAUCCCACAGUUUUUCUGUGAUGUUCCUUCAUUGCUAAGGAUUUCUUGCUCUGAAACCCUAAAGAUAGUUUAUGCAAGUCUUGGAAUUGGUAUAUGUCUGGCCACGGUUUGUUUUGUCUGUAUUGUUACCUCUUACAUUUAUAUUUUCUCCGCCGUGCUGAAGAUUCCUACCACUAAUGGUCAGUCAAAAGCUUUCUCCACCUGCCUCCCCCACCUCAUCGUUUUCACUGUUUUUAUUAUAACUGCUUACUUUGUUUAUCUCAAGCCCCCCUCAAAUAUACCGUCUGCUGUUGACAGGCUACUUUCUGUGCUCUACAUGGUGGUACCUCCGAUACUUAACCCAGUAACCUACAGCCUGAGGAACAAUGACAUGCAAAGAGCUCUGAGGAAGUUGUUGCGAAAUACAUACGGUCAAGAAGUUCCCUUCAUGUAG